AUGAUUUCUCUCAGACGGAGAGUAAUCGAUCGAAGAAAUGAAGACGAACGAUAUGUUUUUCGAAAACACCAGAAAGAAAUAGUUCCAACCGUAGCGAUCCGGAGACGAACCGUAUUCUUUGCCUUUCUGGUUGUGAUCUCUCAAUAUGCAGCCGUGGAUUCCGUCAACAUGCUUCCCGCCAUUAUAUUAUUUUACUCAAUGGGGCUUGCCAUAUCAUUCGAGCUCAUGUCUGGGGAGCCGGAAAUGUUCGGCCUUACAAUACUAGUUGCUACACAUGACGAUGCAUCUCCUUUAGAUAAUGUUGGGAACAUCCUAAUGGACCCGGAAGAAGAAUUUCGGCAUUUGCUUGGGCUUGCCCAAUUCGAAUAUUUUGUUCUCAAGAAGCGACCACAAACAAAGUUUGCUCGAGUUCCAGAUCAAGAGGGUAACUUUAAACUUUUUGUUGUGUGA